ACGAAUACAACUAGUCCAGCGCAUGUACCGCUCUCAAAUUUUGGGUGCGCCCAUCCUCCGGUUCACCGCUGAUUUUCUCAUAUAUACAUGUACCGCCUUUAAAAGAGGGUCCUUCAUGCAAGAAAAGCCUCAGCAUCUGCAUGAGCAAGCGUAUCUUGUCAGUGUGACAAAGUGAGAGACAGUGUGAGAGUGUGUUGCAAACAUCAAAAUGAAGGUAGAGCAAGAUCUUCACAUGGCCAGGGGCGACGGAGAGAACAGCUACGCCACGAAUUCCAGGCUCCAAGAGAAGGCCAUGCUGGAGACGAGGCCAGUGCUCCAGAGCGCCGUGGUUCAGCUCUACGCUUCACUACCACCUGGAAGCACCAUGGUCGUCGCCGACCUCGGCUGCUCGUCGGGGCCCAACACGCUGCUGCUCGUCUCGGAGGUGAUCGGCACCAUCUCCGAUUACAGCCGGGAAACAGGGCGUGAUGCCGUGGAGGCGCAGUUCUUCCUCAACGACCUUCCGGGCAAUGACUUCAACCUCGUCUUCCGGUCGCUGGAUCAGCUGACCACGAAGCUCACGGCGGCCGGCGAGAAUAAUGCUGAGAAGGCGACGGUGGCGGCAGUGCCGAUGUACUACGUGGCCGGGAUGCCCGGGUCUUUCUACACCAGGCUGUUCCCUUGCCGGAGCGUUCACCUCUUCCACUCGUCCUACUCCCUCAUGUGGCGCUCCAAGGUCCCUGAUGAGCUUUCAAGGGGUACUUGCCUGAAUGAAGAGAGCAUCUACAUUGGGAAGAAUACCUCAUCAGAUGUGAUAAAACUAUACCAAGAAGGGUACCAGAAGGACUUGACUUUGUUCCUCACACUGCGCUUCAAAGAACUUGUGUGUGGUGGCUAUAUGGUGCUAACGUUUCUAGGCCGAAAGAGCGGCGACAUGCUGCUACAUGGUGAGGUUAGCAGCAUGUGGGACUUGCUUGCCCAAGCUCUCCUAUCUCUCGUAUGGAAGGGCCGCGUGGAGAAGGAGAAGCUGGUGUCUUUCAACCUUCCGUUCUACGCGCCAUCCAUGGACGAAGUGAAGGACGUGAUCGAGGGGAGUGGGCUCUUCGGUAUCACACACAUCGGACUCUUCGAAUCAAGCUGGGAUCCCCAAGACGACGACGCGGACGAUGCAGAGGUGUUGGAUUGCGCCCGCAGCGGGGCGAACGUGGCCAAGUGCAUAAGGGCUGUGGUGGAGCCGUUGAUCAAAGAGCACUUCGGCUUCGACGAGGCCAUUCUGGACGAGCUGUUCGUGGUCUAUGCCAGCAUGGUUGCCAAACAUCUCCAGAAAUCCAAGGCCAAGUAUCCAAUCAUCGUAGUCUACUUGAAGGCCAAGAACUGAUCGACAGACAACUGCAUGCCUGCAUGCAGGGAUCAGUCAUCAGUUAGAGCCAACUGAUCGAGUGUGAAUAAACAUGGAGAGUUUGUUGUGUUAGCAUUUUACGUUUGUCAUCAGUUAGGCCAAGAACUGCUCCAUUUUUGUGUGUGUUAGCAUUUUACGUUUGUCGUCCAUGAAUUUGAUGUCAACCAGUACGCUGGAAACUCUGUUGUUUACUAUAUUCAUUUUUUCAUCAAUAUAAGCAAAUCUGGUUACACCACUA